UCGCGAUACUUAGCUGUGACACGCCGUGUUGAUCUGCAGGAUCAGCUGCGCCUGGUUGGAGCGCCUCGUUGAGCACAAAUAAGGUUGUGGGAAACCCUGGACUCUGUUUAUCAUGUCAGCUUUAAGUGGAAAGGUCCAAACGGUCCUGGGUCCGGUGGAUCCAAACCAGCUGGGAAUCACCAUGACCCACGAGCAUCUGACCAUGACCUUCGAGUGCUGCUACUUCCCCCCUCCACGUGGGGAUGAGGCGGUAGCAGAGAAACCCUUCCAGAUGCAGCACAUGCACUGGCUCAGGCAAAACCCCUACGGCUGCCACGAAAACCUGCUCCUGCAGCAGGAGACCAACGCUGUCCGGGAUGAGCUGCUGGCCUACAAGAAGAAUGGAGGGGGCACCAUCGUGGAGAACACCACGACGGGCCUUGAUCGGGACCUGCCAACCCUCCGAAAGAUGGCCAAGGACACCGGGGUCCACAUCGUUGCGGGAGCAGGCUACUAUGUGGACUGUACUCACACGGAGGCCACCAAGAAAAUGAGUGUGGAGAAGCUCACAGAUAUCAUCGUCAGUGAGGUGCUUCAUGGCGCUGACGGCACAGACAUCCGCUGUGGCGUAAUCGGCGAGAUCGGCACCGGCUGGCCCAUCACAGAGAGCGAGACGAAGGUGCUGAGGGCCACAGCCCACGCACAGACCCAGCUGGGCUGCCCGGUUAUCAUCCACCCCGGUAGGAAUCCUGCCGCUCCAGCAGAAGUCAUCCGCAUUCUCCAGGAGGCCGGUGGCGACAUCAGCAAAACUGUCAUGUCUCACCUGGAUAGGACUAUAUUCGAUGACGGCGAGCUGCUUGAGUUUGCAAAGUUGGGAAGCUACCUGGAGUACGAUCUGUUUGGAACGGAGAUGCUGAACUACCCGUACGACCUGGAAGUGGACAUGCCCAGUGACAGCCAGAGAGUGAAGGCCUUGGCGUUCCUGGUCAAGGAGGGCUACGAGGACAAGAUCGUGGUCGCGCAUGACAUCCACACCAAGAACCGUCUGACCAAGUUUGGCGGUCACGGCUACUCUCACAUCCUGAAGAACAUUGUGCCGAAGAUGCUGAUCAGGGGCAUAUCGCAGCACCAGGUGGACAAGAUCCUCACUGACAAUCCUAAACACUGGCUGACCUUCAAGUAAAUAAAAAAAAAAAUGUAAAAAAAAAGAAGACACAAGGGACGCAGUUUGUUGGAGCUGUAGUUUUGUCUUCACAUGACCAGUAAACAUCCCACAUUGAACACCUUGAUAUCUUUGUUAUAAUCACAAUCCAGAUUUAUUUGCUAACGUGAUUUUAUACUCUUAGACAGUUAAGCUCACAGUGUAUAAAUAUGUGGAUUUUUUUUACAAACCAACAUGUUUUGUGAUCUUGCAGUCUAUAACAAUAACAAACCUGCAGGCAGCUGUUUUACCCAGCUGAGAGCAUUUUAAUAAUGUGUUAUUCUCUUUUUUAGCAGAUUAUUUAAAGGGGCUUUGCAGAAUCUCUGUGCCUCCUGUUAUAAAAGAAAAAAAAAAUUAAAAAAUCCCUUUUUGACAGGGGUGAAUUCAGUGUAGCUAAAUAUCCCCGCCCUCUGAAGGUAUCCUCUCCAGUGGUGCUCACACAUAUGGUGCUUCCGUAAUUAACUUUUUUUAAUUUAAACAUCAUCGCCGCUUUCUUUCUGCUAGUGACAUCUCUGUAAACACGUUUUCUGGCGGGGAAAUAAUGAGCCCGUUAGUAAUCAGUAUGCUGCUCGGCUCUUGACACAUUGAGGCUCUGUUGGACGAGCCGUCCCGUUGCCCCUCACCGGGCGUCUGCGCGCGUCUGCGGGAGGCCGGCUGGCCCAGAUGAAGGACGCGUCCUCCUCUCAUCUGGGAACAGGUGGCUUCACAGGGUGACUUCACGUGAUCAAUGGCGUGAUCGCCACACCUGACUGUGUAACUUUGAUUCAUCUUCCUAGACGUUUCCUAGAACAUUUCACAUUUUUUAACGGAGGUCCUUAUUUGGAGAAAAACUUGAAAAUCAGCAGGCUGAUGGGUGAACGCUGCCAAUCUUGAGGAAAGAUAUGCCAGAACGAUGUCACCGACUAUCCAGAUUGGUGAUAGUGACUAAGAGCCAGGCUACUCUGUUGCCCAAACCAGAUGUCAUGUAAACACGCACAAGAAAAAUGCCUUUCAAAGUUAAUUCUGUGAUGGUGCUUCAACUUGAACAUCAGGAUGGCCCUUUACAUUACAUGCUGUGGUGUUGAAAUGUUUUGUUUUUUUUAAUAAACAUGCAUUUUCACUCAGAA